AUGGCCCCGACGCCAUUACCAGGAACCCCAAGAAGAGCUGCAAGUGGCUCAGGUACAAGAUCUACACGUCCAAAAUCCGCAUCAGUUUCAAAUCGAAGAUUCGAAAAUCCGAUUGUUAAGAACCCGGUCUCCGAGCCUCCAAGAAAAGGUCGAUACGUGCCAGGCGGUCCUGGUGGAGGAGGCAGAUACGUGGACGAGAACGGUCAAGAUCUACUAUUAGUUGGCGGUACGGGACCAGGGGGUUAUAAUUAUAUUGGACCUCGCGGUCGUAUAGGACGCGAAAACGCUGCGAACGGAGUCCAGCCUAUCAUUUACCCUCGCAGAGAUAAUCGAACAACAAGAACAAGAACGAUACUUCCUCGCGCACAACAACCCCCCAUGGCUGCCCCAAGCAGAUUCGGAUCUUCAUCGCAGGCUGCCGCUGCCGUCGCGCAAAAUGAUGGGUAUAAGCCACGAGAAGAACGAAGUUGGGAGGAGUUUCACCCCGAUCUAGAUAUAAAUCAAGAAAUGAUGUGUUUCAGUCAGGAAGCAGUAGAGGGAAUAUCGAACUCGAGACCUGUAACUCCCGCCGGCGCAUCGCAAUCAGCAGAAGGAUCAGCGAACGGCAAGCCUGGACAAGCUAACGAAAAUGGCACAACCGCAAGUCCAAACGAUGCAACUCCUACUCCCAGCACAAACGGUAUUCCCGUCCCAUUUACUAUACCUGGCACACCAGGAGGUGGCAAAAGAAGACCUGGUCGUCCGCCCAAGAACCCGGAGGCAUUCUACGCUGCAAGGGCUGCUGCGAAUCUUGGAAUACCUCUCAGCGUUAGUAACCCGAAAACACCAAAGACACCAAAGAACAUACAUGUUGUGAAUACUAGUGCGAAAGAAAAGUUGACCCUGCCACAACCAUCGUUCCGAUUAACGAAUACUCUCAAAAAGUUUGACACGCCAGAAUUCGAUCAGUAUGUCGAUAAGUCUAUGGCGAACGUAGGAUAUCAGGAAAGUGAUGAAUUCAUUCGACCCGAGCAAGAAUUUAUAAAAGCUUCUGAUAUCAACUUCAACGAAGAUCUGGAUGGAAUCGGAAGUACCCUUGGCCGUGUUGAAUACGAUAUGGAUGAGGCGGAUGACAAAUGGUUACAACAAUACAACGAGAAGCGAAAGGCUGAAGGCGUUGAUGAGGUUCUUCGCCACAUUUUCGAGGUUACUCUUACCAAAAUAGAGAAAGAUUGGCAUAACUUGGAACGAACUAUACCAAAGCCGAACCCAAAACCCCCUCAAACCCAUCGACCCAGAUCUAGCUCCGCUGCCGCAGUUAAUGGUGAGGCUCAGGUUGGAGAAGAGCAAGAUAGCAAAUGUGCCAUCUGUGAUGACGGAGAUUGUGAAAAUACUAACGCCAUUGUCUUUUGCGACGGCUGCGACCUAGCUGUGCAUCAAGAAUGCUACGGAGUCCCUUUUAUCCCGGAAGGUCAAUGGAUGUGCAGAAAGUGUCAACUGAUUGGCCGUUCCACUCCUACCUGUAUUUUCUGUCCGAACACCGACGGAGCUUUCAAACAAACAAAUGCUUCAAAAUGGUCACAUCUACUUUGUGCAAUGUGGAUUCCCGAAGUCUCUCUUGGCAAUACCACAUUCAUGGAGCCAGUUAUGGAAGUGGAGAAGGUGCCAAAGAGCAGGUGGAAAUUGAACUGCUACAUCUGCAAUCAAAGUAUGGGAGCAUGCGUACAAUGUGGCAAUAAAGCCUGCUUCACAGCGUUCCAUGUUACUUGUGCUCGCAAAGCUCGGCUGUUCUUGAAGAUGAAGAAUAACCAUGGUACAUUGGCUGUUCUGGAUGGACACGCUGUUUUAAAAGCCUUUUGUGAUAAACACUCGCCUCAGGAUCAUGCUCGGGAGAACGACACUGUUGCUGCUACUGCUGAAGCUCGGAGGUUCUACAAGAAGACUAUGCGCGGACGUGUAUGGGCUGAUACGAACGAAGCGGCGUCUAUGUUGGCUGUAGCGCAUCGCAAAGCUGGAAGACACCCAGAAGCUGGGGACUUGAAUGGUGCUCGGGGAUCAUUGCUCCAAUACAACCAAGAUAUUCAAUCUGAAGAGCCAAUCAAGGGGGUCUGGAAACUUCCUUCGGGUGCUCCGAUCAUUCCGAAAGUUAUUUUCAACUCUGUUGAGAUGUCAUUGCAGCGUUACAAUCUCCGCAGGCGUAGGGAAUGGACUGCAGAUUGCUGUAAGUAUUGGACGCUUAAGAGAGAAGCCCGAAGGGGUGCAGCUCUUUUAAAGCGACUACAACUUCAAAUGGAAAGUUUUUCUUCCAUGGAAAUUACCCGGCGCAAUUUCGCCGGUAUGGGUCACGUAGGAAGGGAAAGACUUGCACGCCGUAUUGACUUCGCCCAGCUUCUGCUCAAAGACAUCGAGAAGCUACGUGAACUUGCUGGAGAUGUAAAAGAACGCGAAUUGAAGAAGUUGGAGACUGCAAGGGUCGAGAGGGUUGCUGUCGAUACAAUAUACUUUCCUGUGGCGCAUCUCCUGCCACCAAUCAUUGAAAGGGCCGUACAACUCGAUGGCAAGAAGAUCUUUACCGGUGGUCUCAAUCGACUCAGUGGGAAGCUCAAUCAACGCUUUUACACUACUGCGGGGGUGUUUGCGAAAGACUUUGGUUCAACGAUCAAUGCUGCUAUCAUGAAUGAACCCCGACAAGGUGAACAAAAAGACAAUAUGGCUGGGGAUUCCGAAAAGACUUCCACAAGAAAGGUUAAUGUCGAAGUGCGAGAUCGUCGUAAACUCGGAAAACGCAUUAUCAAAGCUAUCCAACCUAUGUUGGAGGCUGCAAUUCGAGCUGAGUGUGAUGUGGUUAAGACAGCGCCCGAAGAUCAGUUGAAAGUGUUAAAUUCCAUACUCGAAAACUGUCUACUUCCACCAGAAGGUUCGAACGGCUCACUUGAUGCCUUCGCAGAUCUUGGAGCACCGGAGCCAUCACAAGAUGAAGACAUGAUUGAUGUUGCACAAUCAGAAGAGCCUGCAAUUGAAGAUCUAAAAGGCGGUGUCGUAGCACGCGACGAGUCUUCCUAUGCCAACGCUGAUAUCAUAGAUACGGAUAUGCCAGACGCCGAUGCAGAGAAUGAUGUCGAAGAUGUUAUUCAUGUUGCAUCUAUCACUACUUCUGGUACAGAUCAUAUGAUAGACCCACGACUCCUUGACAAUGGUGUUGAAAACCCCACUACAAAUGGUAAUAGUAUUACACCGCCUAAUACCAAUGGUUAUUCUCCUACUCCGGAAGAAAAUCUACCUUCCCCGCCAACUCCACCAGUUUCAAAUGGUGAGAAUACGACAGAUGGUGCCGACGUCCUCAUCAAUGGGGGCAUUCCCUGGUAUGUCAAAGAUUUCCAGCCUGAAGGAACAAGUGUCUUGCAAGAAGUCUCAGUCGAGAACCCGAAUGACUCUCAUGCAAGUGAUGACCUCAGCGAAAUGGAUGAUGAGGAUGUCAAAGCAUUGGCUAGCGUUCAGGAUAGGCCGAGCGAACAGAGUGAAACCACACCGGCCGCAAAAGGAAGAAAGGUUAAGAGCAGAAGAAAGUUCCGAGGAUUCAAGUAA